AUGAUGUUUCUUGACUUGCUGAUCUUCUCCGCAGCCAAUUUACAACGAUCAGAAAACCACGACGCAACGGCGACGGAGGGUGUCGAGGUAGCUGCGGCUGCGACGGCAAUUCACAAAAUGACAACUGAAGGCAAACAAAGUGCGCAAACCGCAAACGAAUUACAACAAAAGCAGCAAGUAAUCGUUGGCAACUUAUUGACAACAAACAGCAAACAACAGCUAGUAAAUAACAACAAAAGUGCAAGCCAACCAAAUGCCAAAGCGGCAGUGAGCGCUGAAAAGGGCAAGGCAACGCUUCGCUUUGUCGAUGACAAUAAAAGUCAAAGCGAAAACGACAAUGCCAACAGCAACAACAAUGGGAGUAGCGACGGAAAUGCUUGCGGUGCACGCAGGACUGGUGCCGCUGCUGAUAGUGCGAGCAACUGUUGGCCGUUUGUGGGCAGCGAAAAUGAAACGCUUCAGUGCGCAAUGCUGGCAGAAAUUGAAGUGGAAGCACCAACAGCAGCGGCAUUUGAGCCAAUUGAAUGCAACGCUGGGGAGGAGUGUGUUGAAGCACAAAUUUCGUUGCGCCUAGGGGACGUUCAAGCAACAGUAAACGACAAAGCGGGAUUAACAGAAACAAAAGCUGUUAAUAACGAGGCAAUAGCAACAACUGUAGCAGCACCAGCACCACCACCACCACCACAAUCGGCAGCGGGAAUAGUGAAUAGCUUUGCUUUAGCAUGGCCGUUCAGUUUGGCGGAAACGCAAAUGCAAACGGCAACGAAUAGAGAGUCAACAUAUGGGUGGCUGGAUGCGGCGCUGCCACUGCCGCACGGUGGCAUGGAGAGUAAACACGACACACCACGCACAGGUGGGAGAGCAGGAGCAUGCGCUGUGGAAGCGACGACAACAACAGUGGCAGCAACAAUCACUGUGACGAGUGUGACUUAUGCUCUGGCAGCCAACACAGCAACAACACAGUGCUUUGCCACUGACCAGAACAACGAACAGAACAGCAACACAAUCAGCCCUGCCAGCCAUGCCAGCCACACUAGGCAGCUGAGCUUUGACGACGUCGCCAAUAGCUGUGGCAACAUACAGCAAAGAGUCACCGACUUGAUUGGAGCGGCAGGGGACGUGACGAAAUCAACUUCGUCAUCGAUCGAAAAUAUUUCACCACAACGAGUAACGAUUAGGAGCACGAAGGACUACGCCACUACGUGUGCGGCGCCAACGAACGCCGUUUUCCCCACCACAAAUAACACAUUCCAACAGGCUGAGGACGUGACAGCGGCAAAGGGUCAACCAACGAAAUCCUUACAACAGCAACAACACAGCAGUGGCAGCAGCGGUGAAAGCAGCUAUCAUGGUGGCGUGGUGGAUGUGAAAGCACACAGCACAGCCAGCAGAGCCAGCGACGACAAGCACGACGAGGACAACGACAUACGAGUACGACGUGUGGCUGGAGCAGCAGCAGCUGGAGCAGCUGAGCAGGAAAAUUUGUUAAACUAUAGAAAAAAUUGGAAAACUGUGAAAAAUAUAAAACCAUCCAGCACUGGUAGCCCGCAAGAAUGUGUUUUAGUGCUUAACGGUAAUGAAAAUGAUUGUGAAAAUUUGUUGUGCAGUGGAAUUUGUCUGAAAGCCAGUGCUGAUAGUAUCUAUUUAUAUAAUUUAAAUGAUUCGGAUGAGUGGUGUAUCUGUGAGGCAAAUUCGUUGACUGGUUGCGAGGCUAGUGAGGUCAACAGAGCGGGUGGGGACGACAACAACGUUGCUGAGCUCGCUGAUGACGGUACCAGCAGCCGCAGCGCCAGUGCCAGUGCCAACGUUAGUCGUGUUGAUGACAGUGUCGAUACCAUAAAGACCAUUCAUGAAAACAUUGAAAAAGUAGCCAGUAAGUUUAACGAAAAUCGAAGUGCUCCCAUAGGUAACAAUAAUUAUAACGGUAAGUGGCAGCAAAACAGAAGAAGCGAUUGCAAGACUGGAAUAAAUUCAAUUGAAAACGCUGAAGAAGACAAAAGAGGUCUUGAAAACUUCAUUGAACAAAAAGCAUACACAGCUGGGGAGCGAAGAGUCGACUACAACAACGACGACGACGACGAGGGCGAAGGGAACUACAUUACACAUAGCGGGGACGAGGCUGCAGAACUUGAGGGACACUUUUGCUGCAAAUUGUCUACACUCGUUGAGAACAAAGCACAGCAACAAAUAGAGAACGAACAGCUGAAAGAAAGUGUGGAAAACGCCAAAGAGACAAGUGAAAGGCGAACGAAACAAAUUCAAAAACAGCCAGCAAACGAAAGAGUAGAUAAAAUUGAAAAAUGGCUGUAUCAAUGUGCGAUUUGCACAAAUAAGUCUAAGCAAAAUUGUGGCAAAGGCACCCAGCAUACAGGCUGCACGCAUCAAAGCCAGCGGGACGCGCCAGCAGAGGAACCCACCAAUGGAGUAGGCACUUAUUUCGAAUCAACGAAUUCGCAACGAGCGCAACGAAUACAUAAUUCGCAAAAGAAAUUCAAUUCUAUCAUUGCGAACGUCCACUUCCACGACCACGACCAACGCCACCAACAGGAGCUUCAGCCUGACUACAAGGCGGCCAAUGUUGCGCUCGUUCAACACCGCAAUGACAACGAAUUAGUACAUAAAGUGAAUGAUAAAGAUUCCUUACGGGUGCGGAGCACAACAGACGAAGCCUUAGCGUGGCCACAGCGCAGAGGUGGGCAAGUGAAACAAGACAGUCCGAACGAGGAGCAGACGAAGCAGUGUGGGCAGGAGCAAGAGACGCAAAAUUACACCCGUGACUGUGAAGUUAUUAAUGAAAGCAAGACUGUCUACACGACCAACCCUUCUGCACCCACACCCACACCCACAGCAAAUAGCAACCCAACUCAAGCUGCAGCGACGUCUAACGACUUACAGCAGAUAAAGCAGCGCAACCACAAAGCGAAAGCAACAGAAAAAAGUAGUAAAAGUGACGAGCGAGAAUUCGAGGCAAAAGUAAGAGAAAAGUGCGGUGGGUGCGAGGAAGACAUAAAGCAGAAGAGCCAACACGUUGAGGGGAAAGCAGCGACAUUUAAGCGUGCAAGUGUUGUUGCAAGUGGGCGCAACACCAAAGGGGUGCCAGAAAGUGCAAGUAAUGCACGAAAUAAGUGGCCAAAAGGAGACACUAACGACACCGCACAUCAAACGGUCGAACAAGUGGCAAAUGUUGCCAUAGAAGCCACCAGCGCGCCAGACGACGAUGCAAAAGUGUUUAAAGAGGCGAGAACGACCAACACGCAUUCUCCAACUUUGACUAAGCCAGCACUAAGUGAAAGUAAACGACAGCUGGGGUGUUGGGGCAAUUUAGUUCAAGUUGCAACACAUAAAACUAUUGACGAAGAAGAAAAAGUUAAAAGUGCGAAAUUACCCGACAAGUGCACUACAGAAAACGGUAAACAAAAGGGACUACUACUAGAGGAGCUAACGCAGCAAACGAGCGUAGAGCAAAAAAAAAUAUUUAGGCUAGACCAAGAAAAAUGUGGGGAGCGUAUCGCAACGAAGCCGCAAGCACACAAUCCAAAGUUAAGUGAGGCAGAUAAACUAUUUGUGCAUAAACAACAUAUUCCCGCAGCAAGCGACGCCGAACACCAGGGAACGCAUUGCGCCCCACCACCGCGCACAGAUAGUAACGAUGAGUUUGCGGCUAGUCAGCGUUUGCAACGCUUGCAACAACAUUUUCGUGGAUUGAUAUGCGUGACACGCAAUCAUUUGAAAGACGAGCACGAGCCCCAAUACGACUGCGACGACGACGACGACGAGCAUGCUAACGAAGUGAACUUAGGGGAGCACAAAAAGCAGGAAUUACCGUUAAGUGCGGAGGAUGAAGUAGUUUAUGUAUCACAUAAAUUUUUCCACUCGACACAACACGCAGACAUAGAGGAAGCAGCCUUGAAACGCUGUGAAGGCAAACAAUUCGAAGGUAAGCACAAAGACUUGUUGGAAAGCGCAGCAACGCGGCAAUUCGCUGCCAGACAGGCGACGAAGGCGCCAACGAAGGAAAUUGAAAUUCCACAGGACAAAAACAACAGUAACAGGCAAAUAGACGUAGCUGAAGCUGAAGCUGAACCUAAGGCAGCAGUUGUUGUGGUGUCGUCAACAGCAGCAAAGGCAAGCACAGCUAAAAUAAUAACAACAACACUUGCGGUUGGCCAAAUUGCAGACAAAAGACGAAAUUGUUGCGGCAGCGUAAGGUCGCCACUAAUAGUUUCGACAAACGGCCAAGUCGGAGGCGUUGAAAAGCCAAGUGCAAUCCAAUUAACAGCAACUCAUUGCAACAGCAACAGCAGCACCACCAGCAGUGUCGGCAGAGACAGCCUCAAGUUAGCUGAUAACAACAAUAACCAACAGACGAAAACUAUUUGUAAUCAACACAAAAAUACAGAGGAAAUUAACAACACCUCUAAGAAGUACAGUAGCGAGUGCGCAGCGGCUACAGCGCACGCAGUCAAUGAGUGUGCGAAAAGUAACGAUCAAGGAGCGCUAGAGACCGAAGCCGAGGCAGAGGCAGAGCGCCACUUAGUUGUAGCCACUAGUCGGCUACGAGAGAACGCGUUUGACUCGCUGGUAGCGACUAGUGAUAGUGGAAAACUAACGGUGCACAAUACAACCCCAACUGAGGUAAGAAUAACUACAGUCGACGGACAAGCCGAGGUGCGACGGCAGGACAAGGUGGUGUUGGAAGAGGCCGCGGUGAGAAGAGCAACGGCCACCCUAACGCAUACAACAAAUGUGAGCGCGACGCUGCAUACCAAUAGUGUAAUAACAACAACAACAACAACAGCAACUACUGAGGUGGGUGACAACAAUAACAAAAAUCGCGUGGAAAUACUUGAACAGUCUGCACGCCAUAAACAAAGUGGCAUAACAGAUGCGUCGGAUAACGUCGAAUCACGCGAAACUGCACUGACCAACGCAACAGUCGUAGGUACUGAAGCGACGACAAAUAAAAUUACAACUACUGUGGAAACAACUUUAGCUAACCCCACAUCCAGUAAAUCCUUUGCGAAUCCAGCGAAAACCACAACAUUUACUGAAGCGCAGUGCCAACUUUUGAACGUGAAACCGGAAGUAGACUUGGAAACGCCAUUGGCACGAACUCCAACGCCAACGCCAACGCGUUCACCAUCACCUCCACCACGUCCGCCACCACCCAAAGCGGCUUUGAACUUUGGGCGGUUAAGCGCUUUUGUUGCCACAAAACCCUCAAACUCAAAAAGGCACCAUCUCCAAACGACUGCAGCACCAUUUCUGUACUGCAACAACGCCAACAACACAAAUUGCAGUGUGCACAAUAGCUUUAGCCCCUAUGCUGUAGCUGCCCCCUUCACUUAUCAUCAGCCCAUAUACGCUUUUUAUCCGCUUGUGGCCCACUCGUCAUCCGAAUUUGAUGCACGCCGAUUGAGUGAUAUCAUCGGUGGCGUAUACGCUACAACGGAAACAACAGCAACAACAACCGCAAUACCAAUAGCAUCAAGUGCGCUGCCAUUGUCCAUUGGUGUGGACACAAAUCAAAAUUUUGUGCGCGACACAAAGAAGUGUGAACUCAAUCGAAUCGGCGGCCAAGGUAGUAGCGCCAGCCCAGUGCCGUUGGGUACGCGCGGUGGUGUCACCGUAUUUGCAAAUUCCAGCGCUUUCGAAUGUUACGACGAAUUAUUUGACGAGGUGUCGUCAAUCGGUAUUGAAGCGGACGUGGACGCGAAUGCCGUCGAUGCGAGCGCGGAUGGCGAAACAAGUUCGAUUUGUGAUUGUGUGAAUUGUUUUGCGGGGCAAAAUGAAAAUAAUUUACUAAACAACAACAAUAACAACAACUGCGACAACAAUAGUGUAAAUAAAUUGAAAACAGUGAACAGUGAAAACAAUUACGCCCGCUUAAGCCAAAGUGAAACGUGCGCGUCAGGCGUUGUCGCGAAUAGUGUCAUCAAAAGCUGCCACACGCAAGCCAAUCAAAACCACAACCAAAGCAAAUACCAAAGUUUAAACGUUAUUACAACAGCCACCGCCGCCGCUGCCGCUGCCGCCGCCGCCGUCAAAAUGCGUGAAGUUAACGGUCAGUUGCGCGGUCUGUUGAAAAAACCGAAUCGUCCGCCGCCGGCGCGUAAAAAUCGUGUCGUUUUCGAUGAGACACGCAACGAGUUCUUCGAGGCGGAUUAUAUUAUUUUGAUACGUGAGGAUUGUGCCUACGAUGAGGAGGACGAGGAGCCGUGCACAUGCGGCGAACACGAAUUGGUGCGUUUGUGCUGCGAAGAGGGCUGCCAGUGUAAUUACUCGGCUGUGGGUGCGAACGUUGGCAGUGGAGGUGGCGGUGUUGGUGGGCCCGGCGAUGAUACGCGCACGCCGCAGAGUCCCAAAUUCGCGCCACCCAUAGAAUUUGUCGAUGAGGCUGCUCUGAGUCCUCCUGAUGGUUACAAGGACAAUGGCUUAAAGAAUACCCUCGGCGGCGCGCUAAGCGGUCACAUCUUCGGCGCCCAACACAUCCAACAGCUGCAGGUCAUACAGAGGUUGCAGCAGCAGCGGGCCGCUAUGCUGGCUGCACGCAAUAAUAAUCAAAUUCCGCCGCCGCCGCCACCAGUGGGAAGUGCAGCACUUAGCCAGCACCAACAGCAGCAGCAUCAGCAACACCAACAACAACAGCAGCAGCAACAGCAGCAAGUAGCGCAUCAGGCGCAACAACACCACCAACAAUUACAGCAGCAGCAGCAGCAGCAGCAACAACAACAGCAGCAUUCACCCGACGAUGACUCGUUAGGCGUUUGCACUGAGUGCGCCGAAUGCGCCGAGUGUGCGGCCAAGCAACUCCAGGAUACAGAAUGCACUUCACCACAAUGCCAAGAGGAGCUCACACCGCUCGGCGUGUCAGCCGUUGCACUGUUGCCAUUGCACACCAGUUCACCCGAACGUCGUAUCACCCAGAAAGAAAUCAUUGCCGGCGAAGAGCGUCCCAAAUAUGUACUCCAAUCGCAGUACAAACCAUCGCCAGUGACCGAGCGGCGCAUUGUGCGUGAGGCCAGUGAGGAUGUGACAGCCGGCACUGACCUAAUGCCGCCCGCAUUGCCAGCCAAGCCAAGCGCCAUUGUGAGUGCCAGCACUGGUCAGCAAUUGUCCCAGCAGCAGCAGCAGCAACAGUCAUCAAACGCUGCCGGUGAGGUGUACGAUGAGCAGAAACCACCACCCAUACCACCAAAGGAGUCCUCGCCCACACAAAUCAGUGGUAUUUUGAAGGGCGGCAAAUUGUGGAAACAGGAUUCAAUGUCACAGUCGGAUGACCAGAACAAUACCACCUCCGAGGAUGAGGGUGGCACAACAAAACGUUCGGUGCGCUUUGUCACUGAAGAUUUGGCUGGUGACGGCGAGGGUCAGACAACUGGCGACGCCGAUGAAGGGGAGAAUCAGAUAAACGAACUCAUACCGAUCAAGAAACAUUCCACAUUAUUCAAUAACGCAUUACGUCCCAACUCCGCCGUACGCCAGUUGUUCCCAAGCGUUGCUCACCAAACACCGGUGCUCACCUCGGAAGCAUUACGGGCAUUUGACGAGUCGAAACGUGCUGGUUGUUUGGUGCCAAAUCUGCCCGGCUGUGGUGAUACGGACACUAUCAGGCGUAGCAUUGAGCGUAACAUAUUGCGACGAUCGUUGAUCAAAAAAAAGGCCGUCAAAUCGGACAUUUCACUGGAGGAGCGUAUCAAACAGCUAACCUGCGACAUCGACGAGACGAAUGAGGAUAGCGCUGCGGAAAAUGGUGAUGAGGAAAGCUCGAAAUUGGCUGCGGAAGCCAAUUGUGAAUUGAUGCAUCGCGGCAGUCCCAUGGGCGAAGAGAAUCCACAGAAGUUCGCUAAUGGCAACAGCGAUAAAAGUUUUUCACCCAGCUCGUCUGUUUCAAGCUCGUCGAGUGGUUCAUCGGCUUACAAGAAGAUUUCCGACAUAUUCAAUCGUGACAAGAAACAAGAGAAGAUACUGGAAAUGGAAGAGAAUCCCAUAGUUAUAAUACCUCAGGAAUGCCGCUGCCCGGCCGCACCCGAUCUUGGCAUGGGCAUACAAGUGCCCGUCGUACAUACCCAAAUCCAUCGCACACCACCACGUCAAGUGGAGCCGAAACGUCAAUUCCUCUCAACACUGGCACCCCUAACCGCUUGUGUGGCCGGCAACAAGGACGACCUAUCUUCCUAUUACACCUUGGCUGCUGCCCAUCAUAGCGGCCAUGCGGCCAAUAAUGCACAAUUCGCUGAAUUCCAUUUGGGUGGAGCUAAUUUGUGUGAACAGUCAGGCGCUACGCAGGGUGGUGGUGGUGGUGGUGGCGCCGCUGAUGAGGUGCGCAAAGUGGCACCUGAUGUCAUUGCUGGUACGCCCGGUCAGGAGCAGCAAGACGAAUUGGCAGCCUUUGCUCAGCAGGAGGCCAAUCGCACGGAAAAGAUUAAGAAGCGCUACACCAACGAAAACUCCAACAAUAGCUCUGAUGAUGAUGAGCAAAAUGAUUAUGGCUUUAAUAAGCGCCCAUCGGUGCGCGGCAUCAAACCGAAGUUCAGUUCCACCAAUGAGAUUUUGCAGCAAAUGCAGGAGCAAUUGAAUCAGCAGAUGCCCAGCGUGGCAGUGGGACAGCCCAUCAACCAGGCCAUCAAGAGUUAUACGCUGCCAAAACAGGCCUCCACAAGUUCCAUGACCAAGCAGAUCUCUCAAAAUCCUUCCCCACAAAAUGUGCCACAUCCCAUCAAUGUUGUACAACAGCAGCAGCAACAACAACAGCAGCAGCAACAGCAACAACAGCAGCAACAACAACAGCAGCAACAGCAGCAACAGCAACAACAGCAGCAACAGCAACAACAACAGCAGCUACAACUUCAACAAUCCCAACAGCCACAGCCACCAUCACAAAUUAUGGUCGGCCAACAACAACAGCCCACGUCACAGGCAGUGCAAGUGCAGGCCAACGCCAUCGCUCAACAACAAACCGAGCAACGCACCUGGAGUUUCUACACGGAAGGUGGCGCCGAACAGCAUCGCCUGCCCAUCGAAGGUGCAGGCCUCCAGCAGGCUUACUACCAAACAUUGCCCGGUGGCGCCAUGUUCCGCCAAACCAUUAUGCAGCAUGGCCAGGACGAGACGGCGAUGAUGUACGCCGCGCAAAAUUGUCAGAGCGUCACCGCCAUUGAACAGCAACACUACGGACACUACGCACGCAGUCCUACCCGACGUCCAGAGUCACCGCCACCGCUGCGCAAUUACCAUCAGACAAUGGUGUUGAUACCCUACAACGCACAGACCUACUCACAAUUCGCCGCCACCAACAUGGACCCGAAAGUGGCGCACAUACAACGUCAAAACAUACUGGAGUACCAGCAGGUGACUCAGCAGACGAUUCGCGUUCCCAUCGGCUAUGCGCUGCCAGGCAUGCAACUCCACGUGAUGGCUGGGCGUGGCCAUGCGGGCCACUAUGCACAACACCCACAACAGGCUGUCGGCGUUGAGGCUGCGGCCGCUGCUGCUACCGCCCAUCCGCACCAACAUCCACAUCCACCGCAUCAGCGCAUCAUGGCUCAGCGCUAUCAAUUCGCACAGGAGGGCAAUAUACCUGGUUUCAGUGAGCGUGGCGUACCAGAGGGCGCGGCGGCGGUGUCGCACACUGAUUGUCACAGCAUGGUGUCACCCACCGCCAGCCAAGCAGCAACUGUGCAACAGCAAAUUCAACAACAAAUGCAACAGCAACAACAGCAGCAGCAGCAACAGCAACAACAACAGCAGGUGAACAUAGCGCAGCAGCAACAGCAGCAGCAACAGGCAGCACAGGCGAAUAUCAGCCAAGGUGGUGGCGGCGGCGGUGGCGGCACCGGCUUACAACAAGCCGCCGCUCAAGGUUCCGUCUAUUACGCGAUGAAUGUAUGACCCGCGGCCGAUUAGUCGGCACCAACGGCGGCGGUCAUUGUAGAACGUCGUCAGUGUCAACGCGUCGAAAUGUCGUCGGUACAGCUGAGCACACGGUAAACUACAAUGGGGACAAGGGGCAAUUGCGGCUGAGGGUAAUUAUGGAGUUCUGGGAAGAAAAGAGUGGGGUGCACAAAGUGUGAAAAGUGUGAAGUGUGCACCAAUGGAGGACUGUAGGUGCGGAUGCAAUGGAAAGAGGGGUUAUUUUAGUAGUACAGCAUGAAAUUGCAUGCAAACAACGGCAACGAGGGAAUUUAAUUAGAACCAGUUUAGAUUUAGUAACGGUAGUCAAGCGUAUAAAAAUUAUGAAUGGAUUAUUAAAGUAUUCAAGUACUUAACUUAAAAAUGUGUACCCAAAUGUUGGUACUGGUCAG